AGGAAGGAGAUUUGUUCCUUGAUUUCUUGUCAUGAACCCAAGUUGGGAAAAUAUCCAAGAAAAAACAAAUAGUAACGUGGCAAUCCAAUCAUCUUCACUUGAUGUAUGCUCCUAUUUUCAUAAGACCCAACUUGUACUACAAAACAUAUUACUGUAUUAUUCAUAUCAACGACUUAAUAUUUCCUCUUCUUUCCACACCCUCAACCCAACUUAACCAAAACGAGAAAACUCAUUCUGGAGUUGGUAAUUUGGGAAGUUAAUAAGUAAUAUUUUCUGUAGCUAGGGUAAAAAUGAGGAGAAAGUGUUCACAUUGUGGGAAGAUAGGUCAUAAUUCAAGAACUUGCAGCAGUUUCAAAGUAGGUGCGGCUAUUAGUUGUGGAUUAAGACUCUUUGGAGUGCAAGUACUUGAUAAUAUCUCUUCUUCAUCUUCAUCUUCAUCUUCAUCAUCAUCUUCUUCUUCUCAUGAUACUCACUUGAAGAAAAGUUUAAGCUUAGAUUGCUUAUCUUCAUCUGAAAAGACUAGUUGCACAAAUGGUUCUCUCUCUCAAUGUCUCUUAGGUCAAGCUCAUCAACAUAGAAGGAAAGGAGUUGCAUGGACAGAGGAGGAACACAGAACAUUCUUAGUGGGACUAGAGAAGUUAGGUAAAGGAGAUUGGAGAGGAAUUUCAAGGAACUUUGUGACAACAAGAACUCCAACCCAAGUUGCUAGUCAUGCUCAGAAGUAUUUCCUCAGACUAUCAACUCAUCAUCAUCUCAACAAUAAGAAGCGCCGUUCCAGCCUCUUUGACUUGGUAAGGAGCAACAACAAGAACCAUCUUGAUGCUAUAACCGAUUACAUUAAUACCAAGCCAGACUAUGCAAACUCUCUAACAAGCUUAAAUGAAGUUUGCCAAGAAACUAGUCUAUCUAAUUUGAUGGAUCUCAAUUCUGCUUCUCAUCAUCAGAUGGUGUCUUCUUCUACUAUUAUGUCCAACUCUCCAGUAGCAGCAGCACUUGAUUUGGAGCUAAGUCUAGCAGCUCCAACAAAUGUGGAUAAAAACAAGCCUAAUACCUUUCUAAUUGGACCCAUUCCUGUUACUUAACGUACUACUCUCUAUGCUAUAAUGAAUUUGUUUUCCUUUUAUCAUGUUACUAUAUAGAAUGUAUACUCCUGUAAUUAAUAACUCUAUUCUCCAUCUCUAACAUCAAAUUUUCAGGCGACGA